UUCAUGACUUUGAGGAUGAUCCCAACAUGGCAGAGAUCACCCACCUCCAAACUAAGGAGAUGGAAAACUAUCGUUCAGCCAUGAGUAGGAUGGCUGAAGACAUCAUAGCACUGAGGACACGGGUGGUGACGUUGGAGGCAGAAAACGGUCAGCUCCGCACUGAUCUGUCUCUGCAGCAGGACCUCGGCCGAGACCUGCUGUAUGACACAGACAUUGACGUCAUGACCAAGGCUGAGAUUGCUGACCGUAUAGCCUCUCUGAAAUUCAAGCUAGCCAGUGAGACCAGUAAGGCUGCCUCUCAAAGGGGCAGGAUCCAGCAGCUGCAGAAUGACUUGAUCAAGAAGAAUGACAGUGAGAAGGAGCUACUACAACUUCAGAGAGUUCACCAGCUGCAACCGGAGAAUCUGCAGCACCACCACAGUCACUUUGCAGAGAUGGCAACUUUGGAGGUCACAGUAAAACAGCAGGAAAAGGUGAACAGUUAACUACAAUGUCCGCUCUACACUUACUGGUAUACCCAUCUCUAUCACAAUGGGGAAUGCU